UAGAAUUUUUUCGGGAUUGAAAAAAUGAUAUUUAUACGUAACGUUUUAUUAUUAAUUUUCAUUCGACAUUGCGUUUGUUCCUAUUACGAUCCGGGUACCAAUUUAGAAAAAGAUAAAUUGCAACAGGUUCAUUUGAAUAAAGAACAAUCAAGUAAACAGGAUAGUUCUUUGUACGAUAAAGAUUUGUCGGCUAAUCAUGAAAAAAAAGAAAAUGUUGCACGUUACAACGAGCAGGAUAAAUCACGCGAAGGAUUCGAUAAAGACAGACAUUCAUCCGGGCGUGUUGAAAUUACGAAAGAAUCCGAUAACUCGUUUCAAAAACACGGUAAUGGUUAUUACAAAAAAGGUUUUCAUAAUACCGGUUUUAGUAAUAGUUAUCACAAAGAUGAGGCAGGUAAUAAAACGAAUUUUUACGAGGAUAGCCAUGACGAAAAAGGACAUAAAUCUUAUGACAAAAACAAUGAUUUUUACGAGAACAAUUUGAAGGAUCAUUUCAGAGAUGGAUUACACGAUGCUUCUUUUAAAGAAAAAAAUAAAGCUGAACAUAGGAAUUACGAUAACGGUCAAAGAUACGAUGAUUUACGCGCUCGUUACGAUGAAUUUCAAAAUAAUCACCGAUACGAUGACGGACGAAAAUAUUUUCACGACGAUGUUGGAAGAUAUGACGAUAGAAAUCGUCAUUAUCAUUUGCGAGAUUAUGAUUAUUAUCAACGUAAUCCAUAUUUGUAUCAAAAUUAUCGUUUUAACAUUCAUCCGAAAUAUUAUUACGAAAAUCCAAACCAUAUCGGAAUUUUAAGACAUUAUCGCGGUUAUUAUCCAUACUUUCUUAAUCGAAAGUUUUAUUAUCCAUAUGAAGAUUAUUAUGGUGGUUUGUAUAGCAAUCAUUAUGAUAUUGAUUUAAAAAAUAAUAGACAUUUGCCUUACCAUGGUCGUUAUUAACAUUAGAAAUUACGAAUGAGUAUUGUUCAACCAUUACAAGUAG